AUGGACGUACAAGGCAGGAGGACUACCAGAGCACUUUCAAAUGUCAACGAGAAUUUAGUGAAAAGAACAGCAGCUGGAAAGGAUACCUUAUUGACGAGAAGGCCAGCACUUAAGGAUCAACGAAAUGGAGCCAACAUUGCGGCCGCUGAUGCAGGAGCAAAGCCCAUAGCGAGGGCUACUAGGUCAGUCACUUUGAAGAACAAUGUACCAAAACCUCAGCAAAAUCAACAGAAAAAGGAACGACUUCCAGAUAAAAUCCAUCCAGAAGUUGUCGGUAUCGAUCGGGAAAUCCAAUACGUGGAGUAUUGUGAUCAGGUGUACAUAUAUCUUUUGAAUCGAGAGAAAAUGUGUUUGGUUGAAGAAGACUUCAUGGCACAAUCACCAGCUACACCAAAAAUGCGUGGAAUACUAGUCGACUGGCUGAUACAGGUCCAUACACGUUUCCACCUCUUGCCGGAAACGCUCCAUCUCACUAUCUAUCUCCUUGACAUAAUGCUAUCAAGAACAAAAGUUGAUAAGGGCGAACUACAACUGGUUGGAGUUGCAGCCAUGUUGGUUGCGUCUAAAUAUGAGGAGAUGUACGCACCGGACAUCCAUGAUUUCGAGUAUAUAACGGACAAUGCGUACAGUAAAAAACAAAUUUUGAAAAUGGAAGCAAAGAUCCUUAUAGCGACCAAUUUCGAUCUUUCACGUCCACACUCAUUAACAUUCUUACGAUGGUACAGCAAGGAAAUGAAAUUUGGAGUGCGGAUGCAUCACAUGGCCAAAUUUCUGAUCGAGAUGGCUUUUCUGGACUGCUCUUUGUCUUCGAUCUUGCCGUCGCGCAUCGCUUGCGCAGCCACAUACAUUGCUUCAAAAUUGUGCGAUACGCCCUACGAUAGCGAAACAAUGAGGAAACUGACGGGUAUCACGUUUCGGGAGACCGAAGAGCUGGUGACCAUGUUUGCGAAGGUGAUUCUGAGGCUACAUUCAUUACCAAAGCUGGUCGCUGUGCGCGAAAAGUAUUCUUCGGCUAAGGUAUUGGCCGUCUCACAGCUUUAUGAUAGCGAUAUCAAAAUGCUUACUGAACUUUCAUCUUGA